CAGCGGCAACAAAGUGAUGAAGCGCCAUGUCCUACUUUCAUGAACGCAACACGACGAAAUCGGGGAGGCAGACAAGUCACGUGAGUUUUUCGAUCACGUGACAUCCUGGACGUCAUCAUGGCCGCAGCACCACAACCGCUCUAUUGGCUGGGCAAAGAAACCCUCAGAGUGUCCGCUGCCCUUUUCGCGGAGAACCGCCGGCGUCUGUGCAACGGGCUGAAAAGCAAAGGCGGCGUGGAGGCCCGCUCGGUUGUGGUGCUGCAAGGCGGGGAGCAGCAACAGAGGCACUGCACUGACACAGACCUCCUCUUCAGGCAGGAGUCCUUCUUCCACUGGGCAUUUGGGGUCACAGAGGCUGACUGCUAUGGAGCCAUUGAAGUGGACUCUGGCAAAUCCCUGCUAUUUGUUCCCAAACUGCCCCACAGCUACGCCACUUGGAUGGGAGAGAUCUUUACCAAGGAGCACUUUGGGAAAAAGUACGCCGUGGAUGAGGUGCACUACUCCACCGAUAUCGCCGAAGUCCUUGGCAACCUGAAACCAGCCGUCCUCCUCACACUGCGAGGACAGAACACGGACAGCGGGAGUGUCAGCCGUGAAGCCUCCUUUGAAGGAAUUAGCCAAUUCCAAGUGAACAACACUCUCUUGCACCCAGUCAUUGUGGAAUGCCGCCUGCUUAAGAGCGACAUGGAGCUGGAGGUCCUCAGGUACACCAACAAGGUGUCCAGCGAAGCCCACAAGAUGAUCAUGAAGAACGUGAAACCUGGACAGAAAGAAUAUGAAAUGGAGAGCCUGUUCCAGCACUACUGCUACACCAAAGGAGGGAUGCGCCACACCUCGUACACGUGCAUCUGCGGAACGGGUCACAAUGCCUCUGUUCUUCACUACGGCCAUGCUGGAGCUCCAAACGACAAAACCAUCAUGGAUGGCGACAUGUGUCUGUUCGACAUGGGUGGCGAGUACUACUGCUACUCGUCAGACAUCACCUGCUCCUUCCCCGCCAACGGCAAGUUCACCACCGACCAAAGGGCCAUCUACGAGGCGGUCCUCAAGUCCUCCAGGACUGUCAUGGCUGCCAUCAAACCAGGUGUCAAAUGGACCGAAAUGCACCGCCUGGCUGACCGGGUCCACCUGGAGGAGCUGGUGAAGAUGGGCCUCCUGAAGGGAAACGUGGACGACAUGAUGAAGGUCCACAUGGGCUCCGUCUUCAUGCCCCAUGGACUGGGACACCUGCUGGGCAUCGACGUGCACGAUGUGGGCGGCUACCCGGAGGGGGUGGAGCGGAUCAACGAACCCGGGCUGAGGAGCCUUCGGAUGGGCCGCCUGGUUCAGGAGCGCAUGGUGCUAACUGUGGAGCCUGGGAUCUACUUCAUCAACCACCUGCUGGAUCAGGCCCUGGCUGACCCGGCGCAGAGCUGUUUCAUCGACAACCAAGUGCUGGCUCGCUUCCGAGGCUUUGGUGGGGUUCGCAUUGAGGACGACAUCGCCGUCACCGCCACCGGCAUCGAGCUGCUGACCUGCGUCCCGAGGACGGUGGACGAGAUCGAGGCCUUCAUGAGCGAGUCGGACAAAACGUUCAGCCCGGUCGUGAGCAGUGUGAAGUUCUGAGUGGCGUCCGGACUGAUCAAGAUUGACAUAUGGGACAACGCAGAAUAAACACAUUUUCUUUUCACUAUCCUGAUCCAAUAUUGAUAUCGGUCUGAUAUCAGCAAGGAAAAAAUCAGAUUAUAUUGGCUUGUUGCUUGUGUAUCAGCCAGUUAACAUCUAAAUGAUCUCCAAAAAGCACACAUGGUUGGUCUUUUAUUCUAUUUUAGUCAAGUCAUUUCAAAAUGUAAACAUGCUAGGCUAUAGGCUACUAGGAGUUAACAGCUACACAACAGCUAAGCACAAAAUAGCACUCAAGCUCAACAUACGUAAUAAGUGUCCCUAAUUGAAUAAUAUUCCAGUGUUAAACAGAACAUUUGUCAAUAUAAACAAGUAUCAAAUAAGUAUAGUUUCAUAUUACUUACAUAUACUAAACCUCCAAGACAGAAAUGUAAUUAACAGAGUGAGAUAUGGUGGCUACUAGGUGUCACAAAAAAUAAUUACCACUCCACUUCAACUUAAAAGACAGCAUAAUUUCAUUCCAGACGGUUAAUAGGUUAGGGUUUUUCAUUGUUCUCUGAGUAAUUUCACUUGAUCAGACCUUUUCUAACAUUCUACACUGCUAAAUGAAAAGCUAGCAGCUACACAACAGCUAAGCACACAAUAUCAAUCAAGCUUAACAUACGCAAUAAGUGUCCCUAAUUGAAUAUUAUUCCAGUGUUAAAAAGCAUGUGUCAAUAUAAACAAGUAUCAAAUAAUUAUAGUUGUGUAUUACUUGCAUAUACAAAGUCUCCAAAACAGAAAUGUAAAUAACUUAGUGAAUUAUUGUGGCCACUAGGUGUCAGCAAAAAAAACAAUUACCACUCCACUUUAACUUAAAAGACAGCAUAAUUUCAUUCCAGACGGUUAAUAGAUUAGUGUCUCUAAUUGUUCUGAGUAAUUUCAGUUGAUUAGACCUUUUCUAACAUUAUACACUACAAAAUUAAAUGCUAGCAACAGCAAAGCACACAAUAGCACUCAAGCUUGACAUACCUAAUAAGUGUCCUUAAUUGAGUAAUACUGCAGUCUUAAAAAGCAUGUGCCGAUACAUCAAAUAAUUAUAGUUGCAUAUUACUUGUAUUUACAAACUAUCCAAGGCAGAAAAUGUAAAUAACUUACUGAGUUACUAGGUGUAACCAAAAAUAACAAUUACCACUCCACUUCAACUUAAGACAGCAUAAUUCCAUUCCAGACAGUUAAUAGGUUAGUGGUGUUCGUUAUUCUCUGAGUGAUUUCACUUAAUCAGACCUUUUCUAACAUUCUGCACUGCAAAAUGAUACAAGUACGUAUGAUUCGUGCUGAUAUUGAAUCGGAUAAAUAUCGGUGUUGUCGGAGAGACAUCUUGGCUUUUUACCUACAGCUGCAGUAAUGACACAAACCUAAUCAUGGUGCGAUUGUGAGCUACAUGAUAUGUUUCUCAUCUCCCAGAGAAUUAUUUUUGUAAACGGCAGUGAAAUUAAUAAAUGAUUGCUUUUGCAAAUA